UAGGUUCGUGCCGGGAGGAGCCGAGCUGCGGCUGGUCGCACAGCAUUUCGUCGUGCCGCAGGUGUUCUUUCGGAGCUCCCGACGCGUCGCUUGUGCAUCUCGCGUCCUUUUCUUUCUCUGGGCACACCGUCUUUUUGCACCCCUCCUGCUAAGUACCCUCCGUGUGCAGUCCCUGAGUCCAAAGCAUUAUCUUGUGCUUCUCUCUACUGCCUUCCUCUAAGGAACUUGACCUCCACAGUCUGCCUUCCAUCUGCUCUUCUGCCUCAGAACAUCUGACCCUCUGGGCCUUCAAUGGAACCUUCCUUCUGGGAUCUGCUUCCUGUCUGCAGCACGCUGUGAAACAGCUAGAUAUAAGGAUAGCAAGGAAGAGAGAACUCUAGGAAUAGUUACAGAGGUCAUCAGCAUGAGGAGUAUGUGAACCUGAAACUUCACAUGGAGCAAAAAUUCAAGAACUGGAAGGAGAGAUUGAUGUCAGAAAUGGAUAUAAGCAACUGCCUCUAGCAGCUGAUCAAGAAUGGAUUCUAGAACAGAGUAAAAUGCAAACAGAACUAAACUGGCAACAGCUCUGUGAGAAUGCUGAACAUAAUCGGUAUCAGAAAUCAGAGGAUCUAACACAAAGCCUGUCUUCGUCAAGAGAGGAGUAUGAUGAUAAAACUUCCCUGUGCAAAGAUAUUCCUACCUUGGAAAUAAAAAAGCUGCAGAAGCAGAAUGCCAGCCUUCGUGCUGCUAUUGCACAAAUGAGGAAAGAAAUGGAGAGUCUUGAUGAGCAGAUGUUGUCCUCUCUUCCUCUGACAGAAAACAGACAACUUGUAGAGCAAGGUUCGGUGAGCACAAACAAAAUUUCAACUGCAACCACUUUGAGCAACAUCAAAGUCAGCUCAACUAAGCUGGACUGUAUAGUAAACCCAGACACAGAAAAGGGACCAGAACCCACAGUUCUUGAAGAAGAGAUAGUAGAUCUUGGACAAGAGUUGCCUGAUGUAGGUCCCGGAGUUGAGCUUCAAUAUGGUGUCAGACAUAAUCUGCAGGGAAUGGAAAAUAAACUGAAGGAAGCAGCAAGAAAAAUCUCAGUCCUAAACCAAGAGAGGUGGCAGUUGAUUGAAAUGGGAAACAGACUCAGGGCAGAACUUGGAAUGAUGUUAAAGGAAGGACUUUGGCAUCCUGUUGGCUCUAAACGCUGCACAGUUUGUAUUGCCUCUGGUAGUCUGCUUCCAAGAGAACUUGUCAAAAGAACACAGUGUCAGCUAUCAGCUCUAAAACAUCUACAGCACAGACUCACAAUGCAGAAGCUGCAACAUGCAAGGCAACAGCAUCCCUCGAGGUUCUCUUCUCUAGUGGCCUGCCCUGGCUUAAAGGAAGAAGCUCCAAGCAGCUGUGGGGAAGAAAUGGAAUUGCCAUCUGCUGAGGUUCAGCUAGAUUUCUCUAUUGGAAAUCACGGGCCAGAGCAACAAAAGGCAAAUGCAUCCUCAAAGAUUGUUCAAAGUGAGCUGCUCAGGCAGAGUCCUAGUCAAGUCCAGCAGGUCCAGCCUUCUUCAUCUAGAGCACCUAAUUUCUACCAAGGUGUUUGGCAAACAUUAGAAAUGGGAUCAAGCCUUUCUAUUCUCAGUCCUCAAAAGAACAGCAACCAAGUGGAAUUGGAAGUUAUACAUUCAACCAAGCAAUCUGAAGAAUCUCAGCAAAAUGUUAAAGCCAAGGAUAAACUUGAAGUGCCAGCUGGAGAUCUGACAGUGAGAGGAACAAGAUUGGAAGUUCAGCAGAAGUUAAAAUCCAGGAAUUUAUCUUGUACUCAUCCAUUAAAACCAAAAAUCUCUUCUAACAUGGCAAAAAUCCGCAACUAUAAUAUUAAAGACUGAUUGUUAUGUUGGCAGCAGGUUCCAGGUCCACGGUUGCUAUUAAUUUACUUUGAAAUUUCUAAAUGAGAUCUAAGUAUUUGCUUCAUUUUUGUAUGUUGAGUUAUUUGCAGCCAAAAGAGAGAACAAAUACCCCGUUUCACACAGCGAACCCUAAAAUAAAGAGUUAAUGUGUUUACAUUAUGAGAUUACAGUCUUCACUGUUAAUACCGAUUUAUUUUAAUUAUAUGUGUUAAAUUUCGCUUGCAUCAUGGAUUUAGAAAUGCCCAGUUAACACAUAGGUAAAGCCUUGUGCCUUCAGGCAGGGCUUCCAGGUCUUUAGCAGAUUUUUUGUUGAGAAACUGUAGAUGUGAUUUAAGCUUAGCAGUGGGAUGCCUCAACCUACUUGUUUUCUUAUAAUUAACAAUGCAACCGUUAAUCCUGUGCAGCUAUCUUUCUACUUGAAAGAAAAGGGGUUGAAAAGAUUACACCUGAGUCUGUAUUGUUUCUCAUCUUCUGUAGCUCCUCCCACUUGUUCAGACAUAAUGAAAGAGUAUAAAAUUAAAUUUCUAUUGUCACACCAGUAAUUAUAUUUUUCCUUGACAUGAGAUUGCAUGGACUUUAAAGCAGUGAAAAACACUGCUAAUGAGUUAGAUUCAUACCCUCAGAAUCAUACCAGAUGCAUUGUAAGAUAUAAGUCUUAAAACAUGAAACUAAAAGGAAACUUGAAUUAGGUGGGAUGUAAGAAAGGAUUUCUCUGUAGUAAUGAACACACCAGGACAUUGAAACAAGUGAUGAGUGUAUUUUUGUAACAUUUCCGGUAAUGCUGAGUUGUCUUGGGAUAUUACAGUGAUGAACUUUAUGUAAAGGAAAUACACAUGAAGAAUUCUAUAAAAAACUUUUUUUAUGGAGUCUCUGUCUAUGGAGAUAAUCAAAACCCAAAUAGAUGUGGUCCUGGACAGCCUGUUCCAGAUGAGCCUGGAGCUGAGGGUUUGGACUAGGUUAUCCCAAGAGGUACCUUCCAACGUAAGAGAUUCUUUGAGUCUGUGAGUGGUAUCACUGAAGUGAAUAAUACUUCUCAGUUGCUGCUAAACAUAUAAAAUCCAAACAGGAUAAAUGAAGGAAGAGAGCCUCUUACCCAUGAGCAUCUUUUUUUUUUUCUGUAGCACUUUUCUUUUUAGAAAUGCUUUCCUGGUACCCUUGCAAACAGGUGCUCUCCUUGGCAUCUGACAGUGUGGUAGAAAUUAGUUUGAGAAUUUGAAUAAUUUUUUCUACUACCUGUUGAAAAUGUUUUGCUUUAGUGCAAAGGUGCGAUGAUAUUAUAAUCAGAUGCUAAAUCUGCAAUAAAUUUCAUGAGAUGUUACCAAGCCAAUAUAAGGCCUGAGAGACCUUGUGAGUGUCUUUCUAAGUCUUUUUGUUACUCAAAAAUCCUGUCGUUGGAUUCAACAUUGUUCAUGAGCCAGAACAACAUGAUGCAUUCCCUUGAACCAGGCCCUGAAUAAGCUCUUUCUGUAGCUCAAAGCAUAGUGGUUUCUAACAAGCAGAGGAAUUUUGGCCCUGACCAUACCAGUUAAAAGACUUACUGGUUAUUUUUAGAACUCACUGUAUAAAUUCUGAAGUUUUGAAUAGCUGUACAUUAGCCUGAAAAAUUAUUUAUUAUUUCCAUGUUUAAUAACUGUAGAGGUGCACAACAGUUCAGUUGUAGGAGAUUCUGUGCAUUUACAGGUGUUAAAAGCAGUGUAAAAGAACAGUUUGUUCCUUAAUCUUUGUAACACUGCAUGUGGGCCUGGAAAACACUACUCUUUAUUCCUUACAUCGAUGAUACAAGCUGCAGACUUCAGAAAUGCUUUUGUGUAGGUUUCUAUGCAGGUUUUUUUCUUUGUUCUCUUGUUUGAGGGUUUUCUGAGUGUUUUUUUUUCUUUUUUCUUUUUUUUGUGUUUUUGUUUGUUUGUUUGGUUUGGUUUGGUUUUUUGGUGGUGGUGGUGGUUGUGGUUGUUUGGUGGUAUGCCCCCCUUCCCCUGACCCCAGUAUGUCACCUGGCAUGCCUGGUCAUGCAGACCUCUUGCCAGAAAUGCAUCUUUAAUAUAUUCAGUUUCCCUGAGAAACAGGUUUCCUUAAGUCAACUGUAGGUAAGUGAAGAUGAUAGCUCUCAGGUCGUUAAUUUUAUUUUACUUGUGAUAGAAAAAAAAAAAAGCUGUUCAGUCAUUGUACGUUUGUUUCAGAGUAACUGUAAGAACAUAGUGUGUAAGUAUGCUGAAAAUUAACAAAGUAUGCAUAAUAAUAAAUAACAUGACCACAUUGCUUGGAUCCUGCAUGGGGAGGUUGUGCUAAGGGUGUACUGAAUACAGCAGGAAAAGUCUCAUAUAUUUCUCUUGUGAUCAAAAUAUUUAAUAAAUUGGGCGUUGAUUCUUAAGAACCAGAUGAGAAGAAUGGAAACAAGGUACUACUGUGGAUAAUAUUGAAUUGUACAAAGAAAGGAGCGCCUACAAAAAAAGAGAGUUCAGGCUGAUCACAGAGUACUGAAAAGGUAAAAGAGUAAAUUAUUGAUUAUUGUUCUUAUCGAGCGGCUAAAAACCUGUGAUGCUGAGGAAUAUAUGGAUAAAGGCAAAAGGUCUGCCCCGAGAAGGUCGGAAUGGAGCUGUAUUGCGAAGUGGCAGCGCAGGCGCCACUGGGAGCGGGGCCUGUGCCCGGAGCCAGAUCUCCCCCUGGACUACUAGGGGUGAGGCGGGGGCUUUCGGCGUCUCGGUGCUCGGGCCCGCGUUUGCUGACCGAAAGGCAGGAAGGCUUUUUUUGUGUU